AUGCGCCUGUUUCUCUGGUGGUGCACGGUGUAUGCAUCCUGGGUGACAGGCAAGAAGGGAGAUGACGUGAGCAAAAGCAAGAAAGUUGUCUUGAUCGAGCGGGAGCUCAGCGAAUCGGGACUGACGUUCGGGAAAGAACAGCGGGCGUGCGUAACGGUUUCGCUCAAAGACGAGCUGCAGCGACUGCGCAAUCAUGGACGCGCGGAGGGUUUUCCCGAAGUCGACUCAAUUACGCGGAUGCGCCACGAGCUGCUUGACCGCGCAGAGGAUAUGGGUGUCCCGACGCAGCUUCGAGUCGUUCUGACAAAACGCGCGGAGCGUCGCCUCGCCUUGCUCAUGAGCAUGGCCACUGGGAAAGUACUUCUCAGUGAUACGCUCGAGGCUGCUCAGAAUAAGGACAUGCGCGGUGAGAAGAUCGUUGAGUUCAUGGCACAGCUGCUGAAACGUGACGAAGUACCAGCUUCGUACUUCGCUGAAGGUCAGGAGAUUCCAACGGCGGAUGAAAUUAGGUCGACGCUGAAAGAGCUGGACUCCCACGCAGACCAACUUGACAUCGGACAGACCUGCUUCCAGGACGCGGGGCAAAAGGUCAAGCGCGACGAUGUCUACGCGAUUUGCACACGAGUCCGGGGCACCGUUGGCGGCGAGACGCUCUUCACGAUAAUGGAUACGUACUACCGAAUAAGCAAAGAGAAGCACGCAACACAGCGCACGAGAGGGAUGUUCUUCAAGAAAGGCACCUCUAUUUUCUCCGACGAAAAAAGCAGAGUAGACGGAAGGCUUUGCAUUUGCAGCGACCGCGUUAGAAAGUUUUUGGCUAUUUUCGAGAUAGCGCGGAAGCCUCGGGAAGCUGGAACGAUUGAGCACUACAUGUCAAUUCCCCGGGAAAAUCGCAUGUACUGGCAAAGCCGGCUGGAGGCGUUUCUGAAGCUGGAAGGCCCAAAGAACGUUACAGAGGAAGUCCUGGGUGGUUUGUCCCAGGGCCAAUUCAAUGUCUCGUUGGAGGAGUUCACGAAGUUUUUCGACGGCAUUCAGCCGAUACGAAGCAGCGCGCUCCGACCGGCACAGGAGGGCUCCGGCGCGGAAUCGAACCUACUGCAGCGCUCCAUCGGAGAGCCGUCCGCUAAGCGUGCGAAGAAAGAAGCGCACGCGACGGGCGUACUAGUUGCACCUGCAUCUCCACUGCGCACCACCAGCGAGCCGAACAGGUCCGACGGCCCCAACGCGUGCUCUGCUAUUCCAGGUGCAAAGUUGGAGGAGCUUUGUGCUACUGUUGCAGGACUAGUUUCCGGCGGUAGACUGCCGACUCAGCUUGAGAAGCUGGCAACGCAGAGCAUCCAAAUUCGUGGACGAAGUACAACGCUCCGAGAGAUGUGGCAGCAGGAUGAGUUCGGAAACCGCGACCGCUUUCCUUUUCGGGGUGCAAAGCUGGAAGAUCUCUGUGUCACUGUUGCAGGACUGAUGUCCAGCGCGACACUGCCGCCUGAGCUUGCGAAGCUGGCAGCGCAGAGCAUCAGAAUUUGUGGACGGACUACGACGCUUCGGGAGCAGGUGUUGCAGCAGUUUGAGUCCGGAGACCCUAGCGCCGAUAGCAGUAGCUCGAAGAACACUGCUGGGGGCUCCAAAGGCACCGAAAGUGACUCGGCGGGACAAAAAGGUGAUGACGAAAGUAGUCUGCACUUGAGUGGGAUUCGAAGAUUGUUACUGGACUUCGGCGUUCUGCAAAAAACAACAACUACCUGGCUCUUGGCAAAGACGGAAAUAGUCCCUGAC